UUCCUAUUACUCCAUAAUUCGAUUCGAAAAUUUCAGUCUUACACUCAAAAUCAUAAUCUUGAUGCAAAAUAUGAACAUACAAAGACAGGGAAAGAACAAACCUAUGUAGUCAUAUAGACACUAAAAAGAGUUUAAACCAUCACUCUCAAAUUUUCUGACACUUCCCUAAAGCCUCAAAAACCCUAACAAUGGCGGUUCUCCAAUCCCAAACCCAGCAACCCCAAAACCUUCAAAUUCAUCGUCUUCCUCAAUCCAAAUUCGUCGACGCAGUACGAUGGUUAUCCCCAUUUUCAGCCUUCGACAAAUUCGUCGUACUCUCUUUGUUCGACCCCAAUUCUUCAUCUUCCACCAUUGAACUUCACUCUCUCGAUUUCCCCAAUUCCGAAAACCCUAAACCCAUUCUCUCUCCUCUCUCUUCUUCUUCCCCUUCUCUCUCUAGAACUUCCUCUCUCAAAACCUCUCAAUCCCUAAUUGCAUUUUCCACAUUUUCAGGCUCCCUCGAUUUUCUCUCCCCUAAUUACUCCUCUUCUGGGGAGGUAACCCUCGAUUCGUCGCUUUCUUUGCAGGAUGAUGGGUUCCAUGUUGGACCCAUUUCGUGUAUUGAUGUUUUGGAGAGAGAAUGUGUGAGUGUUGGGGAAGAUGGGAGGGUGAAUUUGGUGAGUUUCGGGGGUGGAAAGACGAGUUAUCGCCGGGUUUUCGAUAGCGAUGGGCUGGUUUCGUAUACCGCGGUGAAAUGGGCGUCUCCCUUGGAGUUUGCUACUGGUGGGUUGGGGUGUAGUCUUCAAUGGUGGGAUCAGAGGAGGAAGCCUGGUGAACCUGCAUUGCAGUUUAAGGGUAAAUGGUCUCAGAAUAUUUCUUCUGGAGUCAUGCAUUCCAUCGAUAUUCAUCCAUCAAGGAAGCAUACCUGUAUGGCAGGAGGCUCCUCUGGUACUGUUUUUGCUUGGGAUUUGAGGUGGCCACAACAGCCAAUUAUUCUCUCUGGAGUUGGGAUUGGCGAGAGACCGUCCCAUUCAAUUUCAGAAAGUGAAGUGUGGGAGGUACAGUUUGACUGUCACUUGCAGUCGUCGAAUACUGCCAGUGUGUCUUCAUCGAUGUUGCCUGUAAUGAUGUGUUCUGAAGAGGGAAUACUCGCUGUACUUGAGCCAGGUGCAGAACCAAUUGAACUGUUGGAAGAACCCUGUGCCAUCAACAGCUUUGACAUUGACAAACAAAAUUACUCUGAUAUAAUAUGCAGUUUGGAAUGGGAAUCUGUUGCUAUACUUUCAAGGUCAUAAUGUAUGAGUUUUGUAGAGCACUUGAUCACAGUUGAAUUUUACUACAACUAUUUUUGUAACUUGAAGUACAGACAUUCUCCUCAAUAUCUGAGGUUGUAUUCUAUUGAUCCCCGUUUGAUC